AUGGCUGUGAAGGAGUCGGAGCGGCGGAAGGCUGGGAAGGCGUUCAAGUCGGGCAAGUCGGGCAAGUCGGGCAAGUCGGCAAGCAAGGGCAAGUCGGGCAAGUCGGGCAAGUCGGCAAGCAAGGGCAAGUUGGGCAAGUCGGGCAAGUCGGCAAGCAAGGGCAAGUUGGGCAAGUCGGGCAAGUCGGGCAAGUCGGGCAAGUCGGGCAAGUCGGGCAAGUCGUUCGAGAAGAUCUUCCCGGAGAGAUUGCUAGAAAAGGCAUGUAAGGAGCUGAAGAAGGGCAAGUGCGAGCCGCAUCAUCCGCCGCGGAAGGGCGUCAAGAAUGGCGAUGGCAAUGGGGAGGGGGAGGCGAGUGAGUCGGGCGGACCGUCGCCAGCGGCGUUUGUGGCGCCGGACAUCGGCCAUACCACCUUUGUGCGCAAGUUUCUCAUCCUCGCGGAUGAGCUUGGCUUCCAGGUUCACUUUGGCAUGCCCGCGCAGUUGCUGCGGACCGGCUUCUUCUCGGGCCUCCCGGCGCGUCCGGACAAGCAGGAGCAGCUGUGUCGGUAUCUGUACACCGAGUACACCCGGUACCCUAGCGACUUUUUCUUUGGCUCGAGUGACGAAGAGGUCAUGAAGCACUGCGUGAUUGUGGACAAGCUGGCAGUCGCCGGCUCGCAGGGCUUCCACGGCGUGGCGGUUCCAGCCAUCAAGACCAUGUUCUUCAAUGCUGGCUCAAACAAGGACGACCUUGAGCACGCCAUCCAUCACGAGCUCUUUCACCUCGUCGACGCCGUCGACGACGCCGCCGGCUGGGACGAUCCCGAGUGGGAGCAGCUCAAUCCGAGCAAGUUCCGCUACGGCCAAGCCCGGUUUCGUGGCGACAUGUUCGACCUCGACAAAGCGCCUCGUGGCUUCCUCAUGGGCUACGGGACUACUUCGGUCUUUGAGGACAAGGCUGUUUUCUUCGGCGCCCUCAUGUCCGACGUCCCCGCCGUCCGCGCUCGUGCCAAGCGCGACUCGGUUGUCCAGGCCAAGAUCGCCGCCACACGCGACAUUGUCUGCAGCUGGAUCGGCUCAGAUGAGGGCGACGACUUUUGGGCCACAGAGGUUGGCAUCGACUCGGACGACUUUGACCGCUCUGCCGGCAGCACCACCACCGGGAGCGACAGGAGCAGCAGCAGCUGCAGCAGCAGCAGCAGCAGCUCGUCGGGCUCAGACUCGGACUCGGGCUCUGAGUACUCCUCAUAG